CCCCCUCCCCCUCCUCCCCUUCCCUCCCCCGGCCCAGCUCAGCCCGGUCGGGCCCGGCCCGGCCUGGCCUGGUUCCGAGGGGCGAGCCAAGCCUUCCGGCGGAGUCCCAGGUGGUAUAUAUCUGCUUCUUAAAGUUGAGAGAAGGAAAACAACUUUUUUGAGUAAUAAAGAUGCCUCCUAAAUUCAAGCGCCACCUAAAUGAUGAUGAUGUCACUGGUUCUGUGAAAAGUGAAAGGAGAAAUCUUUUGGAAGAAGAUUCAGAUGAAGAAGAGGAUUUUUUCCUAAGGGGCCCAACUGGACCAAAAUUUGGACCUCGGAAUGACAAAAUUAGGCAUGUACAGAAUCAGGUGGAUGAAGUAAUUGAUGUCAUGCAAGAGAAUAUUACAAAAGUGAUUGAAAGAGGAGAGAGACUGGAUGAGCUACAAGACAAAUCAGAAAGCUUAUCAGAUAAUGCAACAGCCUUUAGCAACAGAUCUAAACAGCUUCGAAGACAAAUGUGGUGGCGUGGAUGCAAAAUGAAGGCGAUCAUGGCUCUGGUUGCUGUUAUCCUUUUGCUGGUGAUUAUCAUUCCUGUUGUCCUGAAAUAUCGGACUUGAUUCGGUGACCAGAGAUCUCCAAUAAAACGGUUCUGGGACAAUUAAAAAAAAGAAGAUUGCUGCAUAAUUGAAUGAAAUGUGUAUAUAACUUUCAAGUGUUUUUUCUCAAGAAGUAAAAAGGCAAGUGUCCAGUUCAAAUUGGAGCAUUGACAAGUUCCUGAUUAGACUCCUCCCCUUCACCAAAAUAUGCUGUCAUUGAUUUAUUUUAAAACAGAAACAUCUACUUUGCCAUGUUAUAGGAACUAGAUACUUGCCAAUACAUUAUUUGUAUAUAGAGUUAAACAUUGAUGAUGAUAUUUAUAAUUUAACACAAUUUCCUACUGCAAACUAGAGAGGUGGGGAUUUAUUGCAUCAAGUUCAGGGAUAGGGUGGGAGAUAAGAGGUAAAACAUGUAAAAAGGGAUGGCAACCAUUCAGUUAAUGAUUACAGAAUGUAUAAUUUUUCUCAUGUAAAAAAUAGGUUUUGGAAAUGGUUUCCAUAGAUUUAUGGAGAAACUAAUGUUUUCAAUACUGCUACUUUCAACUGUGACUAAAGACAUUCCAGUAAACCUAUUUUGCUCGUA